AUGGCGGCAGUGGUUCCUAGUGGCUACAGCUUACUACUUUUUGUAGUGCUGCAGGUGAUGCUGCAGGUCCGUCCGCAGCAGUUGAUCCAAGGGGAACAGCAGAGAACGCUCUCACUCGAUGAGCGGCUGCUGGUGACCGGUCAGCGCUUCCUGGAUCGCGCCACGCUCCUCGUUUUCCUGCAGUUCUCCGGCGACGUCACAGGUGACAUGCUAAGCGUAGCGCUCGGUACGCUAGCGAUCGGCCGCCAAUCGAUGGUACUGCGUGCGGAUGUGACACAUCCGGCGGUUGCCACACUGGCCACCACCCUGGCACACGGUUCCACGGCGGACGAGACGGGAGUGGCGCUGAUCGUGCUUCUCGCCGAGCUGGAGCACCACCGUUCGCUCCGUCAACUUCUGCAGGCGUUCCCGGUCACCCAGAAGCUGCUCUGCCCCGGGGAGGCGGACCUGUCCACCGCCGGCCACCUGCUCGAGGAGCUGUGGCGCGAGACGCGCGUCAUCCGGCUUGCCAUCCUCUGGCCAGCGUGCCCCGAUCAACCGGCCCUCAUGUACGAUCCCUUCCUGGCACCCGGACGAAAUUCACGCGGGACCUCAGCCGGGAACAGUAGUGAGAGCUGGGGUGCGGUGAUGUUGGUGCGAGAAGGUCUCGCUGGAACGCCACACCAGCGCCCUCUUCCGAUCGAUGCGGAGUGGUUCGGUUGGCGUCAGCUGAACCUCCACCGAAUGCCGAUCGAGCUGUACGGGUUCGAGGCACCGAUGGCUAACCGUCGCCGGGAUCUCGAUAUGCUCCGCCACACCAUCCCCGGUACGGCCUCCUCCUCCUCCUCCUCCUUCUUGGACCUUCGCUGCACCACUCCAGCAACGGCGCCUGACUACCUGGCCGACCUGUUCGGUGCGGACGUUGAGGCACUCGCCGAGCUGGCACGCCGGAUGAAUUUCCAGCCCCGCGUCCGCCACGAGCCGGCCAACUUUGGCUUCCGGACCGCCAACGGUACGUUCACCGGCGUUCUUGGCAGUCUGAUGGCGGGGCGCGGUAACUCCUGGAUGUCACUCAACGUUUACUUCCUCAAGGACUAUGAGACGCGCGCGGUCCAGUUUACGGCCGCCGUCUACCAGGACAGUCUGUGCGUUUUUGUCAAGGCGGCCGGUAUGCUCCCGGACUGGCUGCUCAUCUUCCGGUGCUUCACGCCACCGCUCUGGCUCGCCAUCGUCGGCACGGUUGCGGUGGCGGCCGCCUGCUAUGCGGCCAUUACCAGGGUGACGGGCGGCCACGGGGGCACUAGGGCGCCCGGGGUGAUGGUGAGCGCGAUGGUGAACGCACCGGUCGAGCGGCUGGGUGGAACGACGGGACGCCAGAAGGUACUUAUCGGGCUCGCGCUGCUUUGGGGUCUCACCCUAUCCGGAGCCUUUCAGGGCUCCCUGGUGGACGUUUAUACGACGCCCCGGUCGCGCCGCAACCUCGAUACGCUGGCCGAGCUGGACGCGAGCGGACUGCCGAUCGUCGUCAGUGCGCCCGCCCUCGCCGUCGACGUGUUUGGCAACGAGGAUGCAUCGUCGGCGUCAAGCACGAUCGCUAACCUGCGCCACCGACUCGUCCUCGCACCGACAAUCAGUAGCCGGGCGAGUGGCCCGUCGUUGGUGGUGGUCGGCCAGUCGGCCGCCCUCAUCCGCAAGCAGGACUUUGGUCGACUGUCAACGAAGUACCUUGGGCGCGACGGGACGCCGCGGGUGCACCGGUUGCGCGAGUGUCCCCGUAGCUACACUCUGGCCUACCUCUAUCCGCGCGGUUCACCGCUGUACGCGGCCGCCAACCAGCACAUCCUGCAUUUCCUCCAGCACGGCCUGUACGCCCGCUGGCAGUCCGAUGCCGGCCAUCUGCUUGCCCUCAACCGAGCGCUCAAGGUACGGCGGCUGCCCCAGCGCGCCGGCGGCCGCGUUGCACUCGGUCUCCAGCAUCUGCUGCUACCGUUUCUGCUGCUGGCAGCCGGCCACACCCUUGCUGCCGUCUGUCUACUCUGGGAGCAACGAUCACGGCGGCGACGAUUGCUGAUGCUGCAACGAGGUGCAAGUGCUCUGAGUGAAUUUGCGUUUUUGCGCUGGAUGGUAACGUGUGAAUGGGUUUAA